AUGCAGGAAGGGAGCUGCGGAGACCCCCAGGAAAAGCCACAGGUGACCCAGGACUCAGGACCCAGGACCAUGGGGCUACAGGGUGCAGAGCCAGCUGGUGAGCUGCCAGUGACCCUGCUGCCCACACCCAAUGGCAGCAGGCUGAGCUGGGGGCUUGACGGCCUCUGGCCCAGGACCCCAGAGCGGUCCCCAUGUGUGGUUGGUGUUGCCCCUGUCAUCUACUACAGUGUCCUGCUGGGCCUGGGGCUGCCUGUCAACCUCCUGACCGCGGUGGCCCUGGCCCGCCUUGCUGCCAGGACCAGGAAGCCCUCCUACUGCUACCUACUGGCGCUCACUGCCUCAGACAUCGUCACCCAGGUGGUCAUCGUGUUCGUGGGCUUCCUGCUGCAAGGCGCCGUGCUAGGCCGCGAGGUGCCCCGCGCGGUGGGGCGCACCGCCAACGUCCUGGAGUUUGCUGCCAACCACGCCUCUGUCUGGAUCGCCGUCCUGCUCACGGUCGACCGCUACCAGGCCCUGUGCCACCCCCUGCACCAUCGGGCCGCCUCGUCCCCAGGCAGGACCCGCCGGGCCAUUGCCGUGGUCCUCGGCGCUGCGCUGCUCACGGGCAUUCCCUUCUACUGGUGGCUGGACGUGUGGAGGGACGCAGAUGCCCCCAGCACGCUGGACGAGGUCCUCAAGUGGGCCCACUGUCUCACCGCCUACUUCAUCCCCUGUGGCGUGUUCCUGGUCACCAACUCGGCCAUUGUCCACCAGCUCCGGAAGCGUGGCCGGGGCGGGCUGCGGCCCCAGGGGAACAAGAGCACAACCAUCCUCCUGGGCGUCACCACGCUCUUCGCCCUGCUCUGGGCCCCGCGGGCCUUCGUCAUGCUGUACCACCUGUACGUGGCCCCCGUGCACCGGGACUGGCGGGUCCACCUGGCCCUGGACGUGGCCAACAUGGCCGCCAUGCUUCACACAGCGCUCGACUUCAGCCUCUACUGCUUCGUCAGCAAGACUUUCCGGGUUGCCGUCUGGCAGGUCAUCCAUGACGCCCACCUGCCCUGCAGCCUGGGGUCACGGCCACAGGGCCUGGGGGCCGAGCCUGUGCUGAAGCCUCUAGGACUCAUGAAAGGGACACAGCUGUAG